AUGGCGUCCCUCGAAGUAGAAGAUCAUGAAAAGGAAUUGAGGCAGCAGGGUGCCAUUGAGGCCGCCCAACAGGCCCCUCAGGAUUCCCAGGCCACCGAGGCUGCCGAGAAAGUGCUGGUCGAGGAAACUCGAAAGGCGGGCAUGCCCGCCUACCAAUUCGACCCGAAUGCCUCGCCUGAAGAAAAAGCCGCCGCCGCCGAAGCUCGAGUACCGCCAGGGUUUCAUCGCGACAAGAAACCGAAGGGCAUGGCGAUUAUCACGGAUAAAGAUGACGGCACCCCCGACGACUACGAUCUGCCCCCGCCCAAAACCGCGACCGAUAUUCUCGAGAAAGAAUCCAAAGGAUCCUCUGACGGACAAACAGAAGAGGGUGGGAUGAGCGAAGACAUGCGAUGGGGGCGAAACCGAACGGGGUGGUCUCCGCAGUUCAUGCAGGUUCCGACCGAGGAGGAAAAGAACGAAGGAACGCUGCUAGAUCACCAGGACUUCCUGGAAGGAAAACUGGACGAUAAGUUCUUUGGAGAUUGGUAUCACAACGCCGGCGUCAUCGUUUUCGCCUGUCUGGCCUCUUGGGUCGUCGCCGUCCUCGGCGGUGGUCUGGGCUGGAUUUUCCUCGUCAUGGCCGCCUGUAGCACGUACUACCGCACGUCGAUCCGGCGAGUUCGGCGGAAUUUCCGCGAUGAUAUUAACCGGGAAAUGGCCAAGCAGCGCUUGGAGACCGACACUGAGAGUUUGGAGUGGAUUAACAGUUUCCUGGUUAAGUUCUGGCCCAUCUACGCGCCCGUCCUGUGCGACACGAUCAUCAACUCCGUGGACCAAGUGCUCAGCACCUCGACUCCUGCCAUGUUGGACAGUCUUCGUCUGAAGACCUUCAUCCUGGGUACUAAGCCUCCGCGAUUGGAGCAUGUCAAGACGUACCCGAAGACCGAGGUGGAUACCAUUAUUAUGGACUGGAAAUUCAGCUUCACGCCCAACGACGUGAUGGAUCUGACUUCGCGCCAGCUGAAGAACAAGAUCAACCCCAAGGUCGUCCUGGAGGUUCGACUUGGUAAGGGUGUCGUGAGCAAGGGCCUCGAUGUGAUCGUGGAGGAUAUGGCCUGUAGCGGCCUCAUGAGAGUCAAGAUGAAGCUGCAGGUCCCUUUCCCUCAUAUCGAGCGGGUGGACGUCUGCUUCAUGGAGCGCCCGGAGAUCGACUACGUUUGUAAGCCCCUGGGUGGUGACCAUCUGGGUUUCGAUAUCAACUUCAUCCCCGGCCUGGAGUCUUUCAUAAAGGACCAGAUCCACAACAACCUGGGUCCGAUGAUGUACAGCCCCAACGUCUUCCCCAUCGAGAUCGCCAAGAUGCUGGCUGGCAACCCCGUCGACCAGGCCAUCGGCGUGGUGGCCAUUACUCUCCACGGAGCCCAUCAUCUCAAGAACCCCGACAAGUUCUCAGGCACGCCUGACCCGUAUGCCGUCGUGUCUUUGAACCGACGUACCGAGCUUGGCCGCACCAAGACCGUCCAUGACAAUGACAGCCCGAGAUGGAACGAAACGAUUUACGUCAUCAUCACCUCCUUCUCGGACUCUUUGACCAUUCAACCGUUCGAUUGGAACGAAUUCCGAAAGGAUAAGGAACUGGGUACGGCAACUUUCUCGUUGGAUCGAUUGGAGGAGGAACCCGAGCAUGAGGGCUUGUACCUUGAGGUCAUGGCCAGCGGCCGGUCUCGCGGUUCCAUCCACACGGAUAUCCGAUUCUUUCCAGUCUUGGAGGGCAGAACGAUGGAGAACGGCGAGAGCGAGCCGCCCCCGGAACUGAACACGGGUAUUGCCCGCUUCACCGUUGAGCAGGCCAAGGAUCUGGAUGGUACCAAGAGUAUCGUCGGGCAGCUCAACCCCUACGGAGUCCUCCUUCUAAACGGCAAGGAGAUCCACAUCACCAAGAAACUGAAGCGCACGAACAACCCCAUCUUCCAGAACGCGUCCAAGGAGUUCCUCGUCACCGACCGAAAGAACGCCCGUCUGGGACUGGUCAUCAAGGACGACCGAGACCUGGCAAGAGAUCCGAUCCUGGGUACCUACCAGAUCAAGAUGAACGACAUGCUCAAGAUGAUGGAACAAGGCAAGGACUGGUUCCAUCUGCAUGGAGCCAAGACCGGUCGCGCCAAGCUGACGUUCCAGUGGAAGCCUGUGGCCCUGGGUGGUAUCUCAGGCAGUGCCGGCUACGUGGACCCCAUCGGUGUCAUGCGCUUUCAUUUCCAGAGAGCAUCUGACCUCCGGAACCUGGAGAAGAUGGGCAAGUCUGAUCCGUACGUCCGGGUGCUGCUUUCCGGAUACCAGAAGGCACGGACUGUGACGUUCAGGAAUAACCUGAACCCCGACUGGGACGAGGUGGCUUACGUGCCAAUCCACAGUGCCCGCGAGAAGCUGACCCUCGAGGUGAUGGACGAGGAAAGCAUCAACAGCGACCGUUCGUUGGGAGCAGUGGAUAUCUCGGCGGCUGACUACGUGAGGGAGAAUGAACAGGGCGAAUUCGAGGUCGACGACGAAAAGCAGCUGAUCUCGAGCGGCCUCCGCAUCGGAAAAGGUCCCGUCAAGGGCCUGCUGCACUACACCGUUGCCUUCUACCCGACCAUCCCGGUUGUCAACCCCGAAGAAGAAGAAGACGAGGGGAUGGAUGACCUCCACGGCGACGGAGACGAGAUCCCGAGAAAGAGCGUCGAGUCCCGGCGCAGAAAUGGCCACGCGAGAACGGCUAGCACGGAGUCCAAGGCAUCCAAGACUAACGGUACAUCGCAGCCUACAACUCCUUUGCCGCCAAAUUCCCCGUUGCCAAACACCCCCGGGCGCAGCAGCUCUGAAUCGGGCGUCUCCAAGCCGAACACGUCGAAAGAUUCCGAGAUCAUGUCUGUCAAGUCACUUGACAUUCCGAAAAUCUACAUCUCGGCCGAAGAACUCUCCAGUUACGAAUCUGGAUUCUUGGUCUUCAAGUUCCACGAAGUUCAACUCGCCCGCACCAAUGUACAGGUUGAAGUUGUUAUGGACGACCACAUGUUCCCUGCCUAUGUGUCUCCCAAACUUCAUUCCAAGACCGCCCAGAUAGAAGACAUUGGAGAUGCCUUUGUUCGCGAGCUGGAGUUCUCGAAGAUUACUCUACGAAUUGUCGACAAGACCAACCCCAAGGAUCCCAGUGACGAACAUACUAUUGCGAAACUGACGGGCGACACGCUGUCGACCCUUCAGCGCAUCCUAUACACCCCCGCCGAACUGACUCUCCGAUCCAGCGAUGGAGAAGUGAGCAAAGUCACCGUCAGUGCCCGAUAUAUCCCGGUCACGAUGAAGCUCGAUCCGACCGAAAGUAUCAACAACAUGGGUACGUUGCGGGUGGAUGUUCUGGACGCUGCCGAGCUCCCCUCUGCCGACCGCAAUGGCUUCAGUGAUCCUUACUGCAAGUUCCGUCUCAACGACAAAGAGGUUUUCAAGACCAAGGUGCAGAAGAAGACUCUGCACCCGGCCUGGAACGAAUUCUUCGAGGCCCCUAUCACGUCCAAGAUCGGAGCCGACUUCCGGGUGGAUGUCUACGACUGGGAUUUCGGCGACAAGGCAGACUACCUGGGUGGAACGCCCAUCGACCUUGGUGUUUUGACGCCGUUCCAGAGCAAGGAGGUGUCGUUGGUUCUGGACGGCAAGUCGGGCGCCAUCCGACUAAAGAUGCUGUUCAAGCCGUCCUACGUCAUCCGGUCCCGGCAAGGGUCCUCCACGUUCUCCGGCACCUUUGCCACGCCCGGCAAGAUCGUGGGAGCGCCCGUCAAGGGAGUGGGAUUUGUUGGCGGCAAUGUCAUCAAGGGUGCUUCGUUCUUGAAGCACGGAAUUAUGUCCCGAUUCCGCGGAGAUGAUGGUUCCAGUAUCCAUGAAGCCGAGGAGCAGGAGGAAACCAAUGGCAGCCCGCCCCCGGCAGCAGACGGGGGUCUCGCACGCGCGCCCUCUCUGGCGGUGGACGGCGGUACUCCCCCGAACGCCAGCCCCGCCAUUAACAAUAAAUUGGAACACGCGCGUUCGCGCAGUGUGGUGUCCCACCACGGCGAUCGACUGAGCAUUGGGGGCGGGACCGGAAAGGGCGAGACGGGCACGGCCACGAUCACCGUUGUUUCCGCCAGUGACUUCCCCCCGUCGUCCAACGUGCGGGUGUUUGUGAAGGCUGUCGGGCCCAAGGGGGCGAAGGAGGUUCUAAAGAGCAAAGCGCACAAGGCCAGCGGCACAAGCCCGGUGAUGUUUGACCCGUCGCACGAGACGUGCCGGGUGCACAACACGACGGCGGAUGCGCAGUAUCAAAUCCGAGUGGUGGACCAUUCGACGUUUGGCUCGGACAGCACUCUCGGCGAGACGCUGUUCUUUGUGGACGAUCAGGGCUCCGUGGCCGGACAGGACAAAGCGGUCAAGGUUGGCAGCGGGACGGUGGUGAUUCGGUCCAGUUUCUCGAGUACCGAAUCGACGCUGCGGCCGUCGACAUCUCAUUCGAACAAUGGCGAUGCGGCGUCCGAAGUGAUGGACAGUCCGGACUCGAAGAAGACCGGUCGACGCAGUUUCCUUGGCAAGAGGAACGUGAGCGGUGCUUAG